CACACAAAGCCUGUUUGAUGGUCUCUUCACAUGGACACGAGUGAAAUUUGGUGUUGUGACUCGGAGAGGGGGACCUCCCUUGUGAGAUCAAUCCCCUGUCCUCUUGCUCUUUGCUCCAUGAGAAAGAUCCACGUAAGACCUGGGGUACUCAGACCACCCAGCCCAAGGAACAUCUCACCAAUUUUAAAUCAGGAAUUAAUCAACCUCGCCUUCAAGGUGUACAGUAAUAGAGAGGAGGCAGCCAGACGGCAACGCAUUUCUGAGUUACAAUUACUUGCCUCUGCUGUGAGACAAAACCCAGCCGCACCUCCAGCACACAAGAACUUCAAAAUGCCUAAGCCGCACACGCCUAAGCCGCAGCAGUCAAGCAUUCCUGCAAGACUUCUUCCAUCAGGAUCUUGCUUCAAGUGCCAGAAAUCUGGCCACUGGGUCAAAGAAUGCCUGCAGCCCGGGAUUCCUCCCAAGCCAUGUCCCAUCUGUUCACGGACCCACUGGAAAUCAGACUGCCCAGCUUGCCUGGCAGCCACUUCCUAGAGCCCCUAAAACUCUAGCCCAAGGC